UGAAAUAAAUGGGCUUCAGUUGGAAUCACUCGGACCCAUGUGCGGCUAGCUGGACAGAAUGUCUCAGUUUCUAGGCCGAGUAGUGGGGACCAAGAUGCAGAAGACUGCAAAGGUGGAGGUGGUUAGAAUGUUUCUCCACCCUCAAGUUCUAAAGUAUGUUCGUAAGAGGAAGAAGUUCUUUGCUCACGAUGAGAAGGAGGAGUGCGGUGAUGGUGACCUGGUGGUCAUCAAAGAGUGUCAGCCGCUCAGCAAGAAAAAGUACUUCAAGGUCUCUGAGAUUGUGAGAAGAGUUGAACAUCACAAAGACCCUAGAACAGGAGAGGUUAUCUAUCAAGGACGAUCGUGACCUUUAGCCCAACAUGUCUAUACAGUAAUCAAUCCUGCGUGUGUCAGUAUGUAAUUUCAUUGCCUUCAUGUCACUAUAAUUAUAUAGUGUACAAUUUGUGUUAACGUGUGCUCAAUAAUUUAUUUUACAUUAUCGA